AUGAAGCAACCCACUACCACCAAGGCUGUCUCCAGCACCGAUCCGGCUUCUUUCUCAGUCCCCAAGAAAGAAGCCCUCCAAGACCAACCCCUCUCUGGGCUGCCGGCAGCACAGAUCAGCAUGAAGAAGUCAGCGGGCCACGACACUCGCACCAGCCGGUCUGGACGAGUCAUCAAGCCGCCCACGACUUUUGUUCCACCACCAGCCCCCAUUGCUUCUGGAAAGCGUAAGGGUGGUGCCCGAAAGAAGGAGGCCAAUGUCACCUGCAAACAUUGCAACCGAGGCCACAGCCCGUCCAACAACGCCAUCGUCUUCUGCGAUGGAUGCAAUGACACAUGGCACCAGAAAUGUCACGACCCUCCAAUCGACAAACAAGUCAUCCUCGUGAAGGAUAUGGAGUGGUUCUGCCGCAAGUGCAAGCCCCCACGUCGCCCGGCACCAGCAAAGGCCAAGCCCGCCAAAGUCAAGAAGGCCGGCCGAACUGUGCACCCCCGGCUGCAGCCAGGACCCCGACUUGAGGUCGGCGGUGACCAAUCAACUGCUGACGAGAGGCGUGCAUACUUCUCCUGCCUGUCGCAUGCACAGCUCGUGGAAUUGCUGGUCCACAUCUCCAGCAAGAACCCAUCGGUGCCCAUGUUGCCUGCCAACAUGAAGGACCUGCCGGCAUCGCAGUUCGUUUUUAAACCAAAGGGCAAUGACGGUUUGAAAGCGGAUACUGCUGAUGCACCCACAGCGAGUUCUAACAAGAGAACUCGCGCGGAGCAGGAUCCUGCCGAUGACGAUCUCGCCACCAACCCUCGCAAGAGAUCUCGCACAACCUCAGCUCCGGCAAAAGCGCCUAUCAAAGACGCUUCGCCCCACCCUGACGCUGAGCCCUCAGCUCGCCCACCUGCUCCUACUACUGCCGCACCUAACCUCAUCCCCUCAUCCGCUCCCACUCAAUCCAAGAUUGAGCCCGACACCACGGCCUCCAAUCGGCCACAAGGAGAUCGCCCAUCAGUUGUCUCUCGGAAUACCACGGUCGAGGACUCGGACACACCGACCUCAGACGAUGAGUCUUUUGAUACCGUUGAAGACCAUCGUAUAUUCCCGAGAGCUGGCAGGGGCUUCUCCCCUUCUCGUGACCCUGAGGACCUCAAGAUCCUCGACGAGAAUCCCGACUCCAAGACCUUCAGCCACAGUAUGCAUGGCCCGGCAAAGAAGGCUGAAGAGAUGGGUGUCCCUCCUCGUGUCUGGGAAAGCUAG